GAUACAGCAGCUGAUGUCUGGCUCAACUGGUGAAAAAUAAGCUCUUUUACAUUGACAUUAGAAAGCGCUUUUAAAGAUUGUUGGCCGUGCGAAGACCUUGCUUAGGGUCUUUGUUAUUACAUUGCGCUUCCGUCAUGAUUCUUCUGCUGACACGCCCAAACUGUAAACUUUAAGCUCAUUUUGUAAGUACGAUCAUACCGAGGCACUGAUUAUUACUACAACAGAAAAUCAACUACAGUAACUUACUAAGUUUGGAGAAGUUAUAAAUAUAUUGGCAACUUUUGAUAUCAAACCACUAUUAACAAAGAACGUAAAUUUAGAAUGCGAGCAUUUACCGUACAAUUCAUAUCUACACCUUCGCUUAUCUGUAAAUUAAGUCUCAGGUAAGUGGAAAAGCUACUAAAUUAUUAGGAUUAUCUGGCAACCGUAGAAGUCAGCUGACUAUCUGACAGUGGGCACAAAGGCAGCGCAGCGCCUUCAACAAAGCAUUUGGAUCUGGGGUGUUAUUUUUAAUAAUCGAACAUGACCACCGAACAAUCGUACAAACGUUUUGGUGAUGAAAAGUAUAAAAACUGGCUAAAAACAGCCGAGAGUCUUUCCAUCCUGAGGAUUCGUAUGGAGGAUUUCGUUGAAAAGGAAACCGAAACCUAUCACACCGCUCUGCUGGGAAAUAAACCAGGUCUCAAAGGAAAUAUCUGCAAAAACAGAUGCUAUUUUAAGAAUAAAAAGGAAAGUCUUUGCGACUUGUGUAAAGACUGGAAGGAUGAGAUCUUCAACAAUCAUGCUACAAAGUAUAAUAUAUGCUGGGAAAACUGCCGGCCACAACUAUGGCCGACAAAUAAGUGGGAAGUUGCCAAGGCAUAUAUGUCACGUGGACACAGAGAGCAUUGUACAUUUGGCGAGUUUGAUAUUUCUGCCAUUUUUAACUUAAUGACGUCUUGCAAACAUUUUAAGGACACCCCAAAAAACUGUCUACAUGAGGUCAUAUCUGUACGGAACAAAGUGAUGCACUCACCCGACUUCAAAAUGAGCAAUGCUGACAGAGAAAAACAUCUUGUGAAGGUCUUGGAGAUGGCCAAAAAACUUGAACAACGCGUCCCAAAACUGAAAGAUUUGGAUAAGGAGAUAAAACAGUUUAACGACCUUUUGGACAAGAAUUUCAGUCAAGCCCCGCCAUGUGAAGUAGACGGCAAACUGGAAGACAUUCAGAACCUGAAGGAGAUCCAGAAAGUUCUAGAUCGUGAACAGCAGGCUAUGAAGGACAAGUUGGAAGACUUUUUCUUGCAAUUCGAAGGGAACCAAGAUAAAAGUGUCAAAGAACAAUCGCAAGAUCUCCUGGACUUCUUGGACCAAAACAAUCUCCAGGAGAACUUUGGCCCGCAGGUCAGCAAACUUAAAGAGAUGCAGGAGAAAGUAGAUCAACAUGAGCAGCAGAUCAGCAACCUGACGGAUAGAGUGGAUCAUCUGGAGCAGAAGAAACCUGAUCAUCCAGUGCUUCCUGACAGACCACCUAAGUACAAGAAUCAUCUUUAUGAAUUUGCCCGUAAAAAGCUUUGGCCAGAGCCUGUAUUUACAGAGGAGCGAGAACCCGAAGGUUAUAAGGCUAACGUGGAGGUCAAUGGACAAACUUUUUUCGGCAAGGGGGUGUGGAACAGCACUAAAGCCGCCCAUCAGGAGGUAGCAAACAUUGCUCUUCAGAACCUGAUGUUACAGGCUGAUAAAACAGAGGAAUCAUCGAGUUCAACAUUACUGCCUUCCUUAGGGAUUUUCUUUGGUAAAGUGAUUGUGGUUCUUGAUCAAGAAGUUGCAUCUGGUGGCGGCUAUUCAAACAAGGAAGAAGCUAUUGAAUCAGCUUAUGAAGAUUUAUGGAAAAAUUUACAAGAUGUUAUGGGUCCAGUUCAAGGUCAGACAUACAAGUCAGCGAUCCUGGAAUAUUUCAACAAACAUGGUUUCCAAAACCCGGCAGAAGAGUUUGUUCAAAAUGACGAUGACACAACCAUCUGCAAACUGAGACUCUGCGGCCGUUUUGCUUUCCAUGACACAGUCGGUUCCACCAAGAAGAAACAGGCAGAGCAACAGGCGGCUGAAGUUGCUCUGAAACAUCUAUCAAAAAUCCUCAACUUUGGUCCAAUAUCAGACAAUGUGAAAAACUUUAAAGGUGUUCUGAAGGAGAGUUUAGAAACACAUGCUCUCAGCGCUCCUGUUUAUGACACAGACAGUAAAGACGUUCCUGGAGGAACCAGCCCAGAACCUUCAAACCUUUCUGCAGUGAAACGGCCUUCAGACAUGCAGCCUGACAACAUCUCCACAUCAUCUCAUCUCCCAUCAUGUCAGAGUCAUGUGUCAGUCAGUGCUCCUGCUUUUGUGUUGGACCUGCACGAUCCCAGUUCUCCAGACUUGCAGAGAAAAAAAGCCAGAAUUGAUUCUUCAGAUAAUAGAUCAGCUAUCACCUGCUUUGGUAAAGUGACUGUGACUCUUGAUCGAGAAGUUGUAUCGGAUGGAUGCUGUUCAAAUGAGAAGGAAGCAAGUGAAUCAGCUUAUAAAGUUUUAUGGCAACAUUUAUGCAUCGAUGCUUUAAGUGAAGGUCAGACAUACAAGUCAGCCAUUCUGGAAUAUUUCAACAAACAUGGCUUCCAAAACCCGGCAGAAGAGUUUGUUCAAAAUGACGACGACACAACCAUCUGCAAACUGAGACUCAGCGGCGCUUUUAUUUUUCAUGACACAGUCGGUUCCACCAAGAAGAAACAGGCAGAGCAACAGGCGGCUGAAGUUGCUCUGAAACAUCUAGCAAAAAUCCUCAACCGUGGUCCAAUAUCAGAAACUGAGAAAAACUUUAAAGGUGUUCUGAAGGAGAGUUUAGAAACACAUGCUCUCAGCGCUCCUGUUUAUGACACAGACAGUAAAGACGUUCCUGGAGGAACCGGCCCAGAACCUUCAAACCUUUGCGUCAUUCAGACACCAGUGAAACAACCUUCAGUCCUCUCCACAUCAUCUCAUCUCCCAUCAUGUCAGAGUCGUGCUUCUGUGUCUGUGUUGGACCCUCAAGAUUCCAGUUCUCCAGACUUACAGAGAAAAAAAGCCAGAAUUGAUUCUACAGAAAUUGACAUGCUGCUCACCGUAUGGAAUCUCAAACCGCCACAUGUGAAGGUCGAGAACAUUGAGUAUGAUGAGAACUUCAAAUGUACUGUGGAAAUCAACUUGGAAAAUUUUACUUUUACAAACAAACAAGGCUAUGACACCAAGAAGAAAGCCAUUCACAAAACCUACAUGUUAUUCGGCUGCGCAAUGGGAAUUUUUGAAGCUAGUAUAGAUGAAAAGACAUCCAGUUUGCAAGUAAAGCAGCACUUCUCUCAGAAAUCUCUCGCCCUUCCUCAGGAAGAUGUUGAAGGUUCUGCAAAGGCAUUCUGUUGCUCACUAAAGAACAUAACUUACAGUGUUAUCUAUGAGGAACAAGGGCCUUCAGAGUGCGAAGCCAAGUUACUUGUUCUCAAGAAAGCUCUAGGUGCACUAUCACCUUUAUUUGACUAUACAUCACUAACUGCAGCGAAUAGUCCUGAAAAAGUGCAGGAUCAACUGAGCUUCAUGUUAAAGGGGGCUGAUCAGAAAGAUCCAGUGAUCUCACUGGACGGGUCGCUGGUGAAGACCUCCAUCCGGCUGAAUUUCACGGAUCAUACAGUCAAGUGCACAUGCAAAAGCAGCAAGAAAGCUGCUCGGAAUCAUCUCAGUUUACGCAUACUGAGCCUGCUGGGGGUGAAGACAGACUCAGACAGUCAGUCUCUGAGAAACCGUUUAGAUGAGUGGUUUAAACAGCAGAAUCUAGCGCAGCCUGUGUUUGAAGACACUGAAGAAGCCCUCGGAGCAAAAGCGACAUUCUCUGUUCAGUUCACCUGCUGUAGUCCAGGUUGGGAGAACAGCUGGGAAACAGCGAAAAAGAAGCUGGUUGAAGAACUCAAGCAGAGAUUUCAGUUUCUAAACGACUAAAACACAAAAAAUCUGAUAUCUGCCACAAAUGUUUUUUUUGUAUGAAUGGAGUAUUUGACUUAAUCCGGUUGUACUUUAAGAAAAAUGCACAUGUCUUUGAAAUAGAAUUUUUUAGGUGGUAAAACACAGUAAACUUUAAUUCAUUCAAGAGGGCUUUAAAAACAAACACACAAAAGUUACUUUAAUUAGGAGCUUUAAUAUUCUUGGAUGAAACCAUUUUUAAUAUUUAUAACAAACAACGGUUGGUACAACAUUCAUGUUGACUACAACUCAAUAAUGGACCAUCAGUAUACUUUAUAUCAGUGCUGGAAAUUUGUAAUGCGAUGUGCAUCUGUGCAAUUGACAAAUGGUGUAUUUGUCUUUUUCUACUGUUUUAAGAACAUAUGAAUUCUGAAAUGUGAGCUUCAAAUGUUGAUCUCAAUUGCCCAUGAAUUGUUUGUUUCACACUGUGGAUUGUGCAAUUUUAAGGCUAUAAUAAACUAAUAAAGCUAAUAAACAAAACAUUUAC